AUUCUUCUGGGCACCAACUCACGAAGGGUAAAGCGUCGACUCUGCACCUCUUAGCAAGCUCCGAUUGAUAUCCUCGGUCGUUAUGUAGCUCUAUCGGCGUGUAUAUGUUCGUAAAGCUGCCGUUAUGCUUUAAGGCCUUUCUCGCUUCAAAUUUCCCUCGUCAUCCAUUGGCCCCCCAAGCGUACUCUACAGCAUGAUUGCAGACAAAGACAGACCCGUCAAGCGACCAGACGGUCGCUACGACAAUGUCGACUUCCGCAAAGCCGCGGGAUUCAAGCUCCCCACAGUCAAAGCGAGCUACCUCCGCCGAGAUGUCCUACUCUUCGCAAAUGCAAUAGGCUGCAUAAAAGACGAACUCCACUUCCUCUACGAGCUCCACCCAAACUUCUCCUGCUUCCCCACCUUCCCCAUCAACCUCCCCUUCAAGCAAACCGACCAAGACGUCUACGACUUCUUCAAGCGCGCCCUCGUCACCGAUGUACCCGGCGUGCCGUCGUUCGAUCCUAAGCGUAGCGUCGAUGGCGAGCGCGGGAUUGAAAUCCUGCAUCCGAUUCCGGUGUCGAGUGAGGGGCUGGACUUGGAAAUCAGCCCCGAGAUCGUUGGCGUGUAUGAUAAGGGUGGCAAUAUGAUCCAAGAGAUGGUGCAGAGCAUGCGCGAUGCAAAAACCGGGGUAGUGUAUGCGAAGAUGAGCAGCAAAGCGUUCGGCAUUGGGCAAGGCGGAUAUGGUGGCCCUCGUGGGCCUGACACAGUCUCCUACACCCCACCGAAGCGCGCCCCGGACGCCGUGCACGUGUUUCAAACUACGCCGGAAACAUGCCUUCUGUACCGGCUUUGCGGCGACUACAAUCCCAUCCACGCCGACGAUAAGUUUGCGCAGGAAGGUGGCUUCAAGGGCGCGUUUUUGCAGGGUUUGGGCACGUGGAAUAUUGCGGCUCAUGGGCUGUUGAGGGAGAUGGGUGGGAGUGAGGCGGGGAGGUUGAAGAGUUAUAAGGCAAGGUUUGCGAAUAUUGUGUAUCCAGGGGAUGCGCUGGAGACGCGGAUGUGGAGAGUUGGGGAGAAGGAUGGGGUGGAGGAGGUUAUUUUUCAGACGGUGGUAAAGAGUGAUGGGAGGGUGGCGUUGUCGAAUGGGUUUGCGGAGUUGUGGAAGAAGGAGGGGAAGAGUAAGCUGUAGUUCUUCUAUGCUGUAUGUACAAUUGAAUCUAUGGC